ACUUCCCCCAGCGCUAUACACGGACUAGCUGCGCGGCUCGGGGGGGGAGAGAUCGCUUCUAUCGCGACAGGCGGCGACCUAUUGGAUUUAUGGGCAGGAGGGGCACGUGACUGGAUACACCUGGUGGAUCUCUACCUGGACGGGACUGGUGGGCUGGAGUUGCUGCUCUUCUUCUUCUUUUUCUUCUUCACAUUGAUUCCCCGACCUGCGGUACCGCCGCCGCCGCCGCUGUAUGAAGAUGGAGCGGGGUCUUAUAUGGAGGCUGACGCUUCUCCUCCUGGGGGUGCAGCAGGUCGCCGGCUCCGGGGUCUUUCAGCUCCGACUUGACGCCUUUGUAAACAGUAACGGGACCCUGGCGGACGGGGGGUCGUGUCUGCCGAUCUGCAGGACCUUCUUCAAGAUCUGCCUGAAGCAUUACCAGACCGUCGUGUCCCCGGGGCCCUGCACCUUCGGCAGUGUGGUCACCCCGGUGCUCGACUCCACCGCCUACCUGGACGGAUCGUCCAACCACAUCAGGCUGCCCUUCAACUUCACCUGGCCGAAAACCUUUUCCCUGAUCAUCGAAGCGUUCCAUAAACCGACAGGUUCCGGUCAGGGGGAUUUACUGGUUAGCAAUUUUGUUAUCCAGAAACCCCUUAACGUGGGCGAAGCUUGGUCCAGCGACACGAAGACGGGGAAAAGGAGCACCCAGCUGAAAUACUCCUACCGGGUGGUCUGCAGCGAGCACUACUACGGGGAGAGCUGUUCUAAGCUCUGCAAGCCCCGCGACGACCGCUUCGGGCACUACGUGUGCGAGUCCGACGGCAACAUCACCUGCCUGAAGGGAUGGAAGGGACCCUACUGCUCGAAACCGAUAUGUCUGGACGGGUGCAGUGAGCAAAAUGGCUUCUGUAACAGCCCAGGGGAAUGCUCUUGCCGCCCAGGUUGGCAAGGCCGAUACUGCAAUGAGUGUAUUCCCCAUAAUGGAUGUAGACAUGGAACGUGCCAGAUCCCGUGGCAAUGUAUCUGUGACGAAGGCUGGGGAGGCCUCUUCUGCGACCAGGAUUUAAACUAUUGCACUCACCACAAACCCUGCAAAAACGGAGCCACUUGUAUGAACACCGGCCAGGGCAGUUAUACUUGUUCUUGUCGACCGGGAUACACCGGAGUGAAUUGCGACGAGAAGAUCAACGAAUGCGACAGCAAUCCUUGCCGAAAUGGGGGCAGCUGCACGGAUGGGGAAAGCGGCUACGUCUGCGAAUGUCCUCAAGGCUAUUACGGAACCCACUGCGAGCACAGUGUAUUGAAUUGUGCCGAUUCGCCGUGCUUUAAUGGCGGCACAUGCAGAGAGCGGGAAAUGGGUGCCAGCUAUGCCUGCCAGUGCCCGCUGGGUUAUACGGGUUCCAACUGUGAGAAGAAAGUGGAUCGGUGUAUCAGCAAUCCCUGUCUGAACGGAGGUCAGUGCUAUAUCCUAAAUUACAAGCAGUUGUGUCGCUGUCGCACCGGAUAUACGGGACCAACGUGUGCAACGAAUAUGAACGCGUGUGCGAAGAAUCCGUGCUCCAACGGAGGGACCUGCUACGACAACAGCGGCGACUAUGGAUGUAUUUGUCCUCCAGACUAUACUGGGAAAAUGUGCACCGUAAAAACCAGAGACCAAUGUACUGUCAACCCGUGCAAAAACGGAGGAUCGUGCAAUUUUAUGCCUUAUGAAAAUAAUAACGUUGUAUGUCAUUGUCUAUCUGGUUUCAUGGGAAGCCACUGCGAGCUUCCAGUCGAGCGUCAGAGAGACUGGGACUUCCCUUGGUUUGCCGUCUUCUUGGGUGCCGGCAUGGUGGGACUCCUGGUUUUGUUAUGUAUGAUCUUUAUUGUGGUGAGGCAUUUCCGCCAGAAGCCGAUGCAGGACACUAGGACUAUGAAUAAUUUAUCGGAUUUCCAGAAAGAUAACUUAAUACCGGCUUCACAGCUCAAAAACAAUAACAAAAAGAAGGACUUGGAGGUGGACUGUGGUCUGGAGAAAUCCAACUAUAAGCUCAAAAACCACCCAUUGGACUGCAACAUAGCAAAUGGACUUAUUGGUGGGGUCAUUUAUGGAAUGGGCAAAACGGAUAAGUUCCACAAUAGUGAAAAAUGCUUAGAAGAAGAGAAGUUUCCUCUUCGUCUACACAGUGAAAAGCCACAAUGUAGAAUAUCCACUAUAUGUUCCCCAAGAGAUUCGAUGUACCAGUCGAUUUACGUGAUAGCAGAAGAACGGAAUGAAUGUGUGAUAGCGACAGAGGUGUAAACCUAAAGUGAAGCAUCCAGAACGUUAAUGUUUUCUCAAGCGCCACAAGCGGAAGGCCACGUACCUAUGUUUACAAUGACCGGAGGGGGAUUUCUGAGCGCGAAGACGAAACUUGCUGCUUUCGAAAGAUCGAACAACCCGCGUGGAAGAGAUAAGAUUGUGGCUUCGCUAGAGAUACAAUAGACUUCGAUCGCCGAGCUCUAGAGUUUAGGGCGUCCGAUCGACCGGAUGUAACACGACUGGAAGAAACAGAAGCGAAUAGAAAAAUGUUAAAGAGACUUGGUUUCUCAAAGUGUCCUUUCCGAAGCCUCACGUUCCGCCGACGUGAGCGGCUGCCAGACGCUGGCUAUGGACUAUUCAUGCCUUAUAAUUCACAUUCCAGGAAGGUGGACGGGAUCGGUUUGCUAUGCAGAACGAUGACUUUUCUUUUUUCCUCUCGAGCUCCCGGUGUCGUCUCCUACUUUACGUUUUUUGUUUUUUUUAGAAGUGCCUAAAAGCGUCCCGAGAGAUCUUGUGUUGGCUGAUCACUGCUUCUCCUAUGUAAUACCUGAACAGUAUUAAGCUAUGAUUCAUUGUUAACUCUCUACACACCGCUCGUCACGCAACAGAGGGUUUCGGGACGGAACAUACCGAAAGCAGCGAAGGUGGACUUUUGCUCCCGAUCCUUUAUUUUAUUUUUUUUUAUCCAAAAUCCGUCCUAGUUGUCAGUCGGCAACUCAGUCCGAGCCUUACAUUGCAUGACACCUUAAUUCAACUGGCCAUUUUACUGUUUUUUUUGUUUUGUUUUGUUUUUUAUUAAUAAUUAAUUUUGCACUACUGAGAAUCGUGAAGUUAGAAUUAUAUAUUUUUUUUAUUUUAUUUUAUUUUUUAUUCUAAUUUUAUAAUUUUUCAAGAACACAGAGACUGUAUAAUAAUCUGGUGUCAUGUUUUUACACAGACUUUGGUCAUUUAUAUAAAGGCAUCAGAUGUCCGUAUUGACGUUUAUAAAUGUAGGGUUAUCCCAUUUAAAAGGAUACUCCGGGGGAAAACAUUUAUUUUAUUUUUUUGUCAAUGACUUCUAUUAAAA